UUGAAUUGAAUUUAUAUAAUAUUUAUUAUAACUUUUGAUAAAAUGGAAUUUUUUGGACUUACUUUAUUUGGACCGCAAAAUUAUAUAAGAGACACUUUAAGAAGUGAUUAUAAAGAACCAGAAUCUAAAGAAGAAGCAGAUUAUUUCAUACAAAAGAUAAAAAAUGAUUUAAAUGCUCAAGGAAAAAGUAUUAAUGACAUCGAUGUUAUAAGAUUAAUUGACUGUUACAUUGGAAGAGUUAACGGAUUUGCUUAUGGGUCAUCCCAAAGAUUCACAAAAAUGAAACGCAAAGGUGUUAUAAAGCCUAUUGGCCCAGCAGAUAUGUAUAGAAUUCCUACCACAACUUCCAUUGAUUAUGGAUGGUGGCAGCAAGACCCUGCUUUAUUAACUACUUCGUGGUAUAUUACAGACCCGCGACGCCCUCAACCAUCUUCUCCGAAUACCCUAAUUCUAGAUAUUGUUCGUAAAAAUAAUAAGUAUGCUACAUUGUUUUAA